GUCUUUAUCUAUUGUAAAAUAAGAAUGUGUGCCAAAUUCAAUUCAUCCCAUUUGUUUGCUUCUGUAUUAAAUAUUAGGUGGUUGUGGAUGAGCAUUCUCCAUUAUAUGCACUAUAUACUGUGAUCUAGUUUUGGUCAUAGAUCCAUAGCCUUGCAUUUGGAAAAAAAAUACCAAGAUGAUCACUCAAAACCUCUUCCUUCUCACUUGCUCAUCUCUCUUCAUUCUCUCACUUCAAUUCAUUCAAACUUGUUAUGCAAAAUGUCCCCCUUCUUCCUGUGGCCUCAUUCCCAUCAGCUUCCCUUUCCGCCUCAGCAACUGUCGCGAUCCCGGCUACGAGUUAGUAUGCGAAAACAAUGUCACCUUAAUGUACAUCGACUCCCACAAAUACUAUGUCAAAGCAAUCCAUUACCAAAACUUCACCAUGAGGCUCUCUGAUAUUUCCACACACAACAGCAGUUGCUCUUUUCCUACACAUUCCGUGUCCGAUUAUAGUUUUAGCCGUCGUUUUGGCAACGGGCUUGGCUUUAAAUAUCAUCUCAUUAGUUUGGUGAGCUGCGAGUAUCCGUUGCCUAACUCUUCCCUCUUUACGCAACUCACUGCUUGCGAGCAAUAUAGCAAAUAUACAUAUAUAAACGUCGGAAGCAUGCGUGUCAAAGAUAUAGGCCAUAUGUGCACAUUAGAUACUGUACUGGCAACAUCUUGGGACUUUGCAAAUUGGUACAAUGUGUCACUGUCUGAAAUCCAUCAGUAUCUGCUAUAUGGAUUUAAUCUAAAUUGGAAUGGAUUAAUAUGUAGCUAUGGCCAAGGAGGUGUCGAUCCGUACAUGCUAGUUAAUUGCCACCGUUCAUCGCUUCAACGUAAAUGGGGUAAGAUUAGAUCAUUUGCUUACAAGUUUAGGAUUCCAUAUUUAUUGUUGAUAUCUUUAUGUGUUCUUGAAAUUGCAGACUACAUCAAGGAAUCCUUCCUAUCACCUAAAGGUCCAACUGGAGGCUUUCUCAUGAUUUUAAUGUUCAUACUUGCUAUUGUAUUUAUUGGGGUAGGCAUUGCCGCAAAAAUCAUUAUCACCAUCACACUUAUCGUCAUUUUUUGGACUGAAACAGAGCCCGAUUGGCUCCCCGGUGCUCAAUCCGUUGGCGAGAUGAUCCCAACGAUUGUAGAUAUUAGAUACCACUUUAAUGCUUCUAAUUCUGCAAUUGUUUACUUGGAACUAAGAUUCAUCGUGGGGUUUCUCUGCGCGAUGGGGUUCCUGAUCUACAAGUUCCGAAGAAGGCAUUUGUCCGCGUACGAGGAAAUAGAGAGCUUCCUACAAAGUGACAACCAUUUGUCCCCUAUCAGGUACUCAUAUUCAGACAUAAAGAAGAUGACUAGAAAUUUUCGAGAAAAACUAGGUGAAGGUGGCUUCGGCACUGUUUACAAAGGAAAGCUUCGGAGUGGCCAUUACGUGGCAGUCAAGCUAUUGGGAAAAGCCCCAAAAAAUGACAAAGAUUUCAUCAAUGAAAUCGGAACAAUCGGGAGGAUCCAUCAUGUCAAUGUUGUCCAACUUAUAGGAUAUUGUGCGGAGAGAUCCAAGCGUGCCCUCAUACUCGAUUUCAUGCCAAAUGGUUCUCUUGACAAGUACAUCUUCAAUGCAAAAAAAACAUCUUCGUUGGAUUGGGGUAUGAAAUUCAAGAUUGCAGUUGGAGCGGCUCGAGGGAUUGAGUAUUUGCAUAAUGGUUGUGAUAUCAAGAUCUUGCAUUUUGAUAUCAAGCCCCAUAAUAUACUUCUUGAUGACAAGUUUGUCCCCAAGGUCACCGAUUUCGGGAUAGCAAAGUUAUGCUCGGUAGACAACGACACAGUGACGAUGACGGCUGCUAGAGGCACUAUAGGCUAUGUUGCUCCGGAACUCAACUGCAGAAGCAUUGGCCUAGUGUCUCACAAGGCCGAUGUGUAUAGUUUUGGGAUGUUGUUGAUGGAGAUGGCGGGUGUAAACAAGAAGGAUGAUCCAAACAAGUAUUUCCCAGAUUGGAUAUAUGAUUGCAUUAAUAAUGGCGAGGACCUUGGAAUUGUUGAAGAGGACAACAAUGUUGAUGAUGUGAAUGAGAAUGGAAAGAAUGUCCUUAAGAAGAUGACAAUAGUUGGCUUGUGGUGCAUUCAAAUGAAUCCAAACAAUCGACCAUCAAUGGAUAAAGUGUUGGAGAUGUUGGAAGGUGAUGUUGAAGAUUUGAAGAUUCCAGAGCAUCCAUCUCACUUAGUGAAUGAGGCCAGGAGUUGGGCUGCAGAUUCAACUGGCUCUCUAUCAGAGUCAGAGUCGGAUUAUGACAGUGAUAGUAUCAAGAUUAGUAUAGCAUGAAUAUGUAUGUAUUCAUCAAUGUUUUUGCUUCAAAGGAUCAAGCAUAUUUGUAUUAAAUUUCGCAUGUUUGGUGCCGUUUUUGCUUAAAAGGAUCAAGGCUAUCUGUAUCAAA